AUGGCUGGCUACUAUAAUGACGACCCUAUGGAUGGGAUCCUGCAUCCUUCCAUGAUGCGCCAUCCAACACAUUCCUCUCGACGAUUUGAUGAAUAUUAUCGAUGCUACCCAGUAGCUAUGCUUCCCGGUCCAGAGCGUGAGAACGUGAACCAUGGAGGCAAAGUGAUCAUGCCGCCGAGCGCUCUGGAUAAGCUCACACGAUUGCACAUCACUUACCCCAUGCUUUUCGAGCUACAUAACGGCGCAAAGCAACAGAUGACUCAUGCUGGAGUACUGGAAUUCAUUGCUGAGGAGGGUAAAAUAUACUUGCCAUUUUGGAUUAUGCAAACGCUUCUACUAGAACCUGGGGACCUGGUACAGAUAAAGUCAACGGACCUUCCUCCGGGGUCUAAAAUCAAGCUCCAGGCCCAGUCAACGUCUUUUCUCGAUAUUAGUGACCCUAAAGCCGUGCUUGAGAACGCCUUUCGGAACUUCUCUUGCCUGACCAAAGGCGACAUCUUCACAUUUUCCUACAAUGAUCAAAUAUACGAGAUGGCCGUUUUAGAGACAAAACCAGAAACCAGUCAGAACGCUAUUUCGGUGCUAGAGACCGAUUUAGAGGUCGAUUUUGCUCCCCCAGUGGGAUACGAGGAGUCAAACCGAUUGAGCGGGACAAGUACGCCAGCUAGUGGUGCUGCUGGCUCCUUGCCUGCAGGCGGAACCCUUCAUUCCCAUGGAACAAUGGCGCAAUCCAUCAAUUAUGCCGCGAUAGCCCCUGAGUCAAACGAUGCAGCGAGAGCAGCAAACGCAGCUUCGUCUAAUUUCCACGGCAGUGGUCAACGACUCAAUAUGAAGAAGGGAAGUAAAUCUUCUACACCCAAAUCCGCAACCCCUGCAUCUGGGAAAUCCAGCAACCCACCUCCUGCACCUCCCACUCGAAGAUCAAACGGCCCACAGCCACUGAGGCUACCUCCCGGAAAACUUUUCUUUGGAUAUGCAGUUACCCCGGUUAAUAAGAAGGAUUCAAGCGACGAAAGUCCGGAAUCGGGCGCACAGCCCAAGUUCUUGGGCACAGGCCAGACUCUCCGAGCAAAGAAGAAAGGAUCAGGGCUGGCUGGGCAGGCCACUCCAGCCUCUGGCAGUGACACAGAGAAGAAAGAUAAAGGCCGGGCAUUGGGUGGAAAGUCAAGCCGCCCGAAGUAA